AUGCCGUCCGUCAGUGUGUUCCGACUGAAUUCGGAUCCGCAAAUUCUGUGCAUUGGCGUCAUUUAUGUGGCGAUGACAGUUGUCAUUUUUCCGGUUUGCGCUUUGAUUAUCUAUGUGAGUCUGGUCCUUAGGAAUAGGUUCUGGAAGUCGUAAAGCCAUAACCAAUUUUCAAGGCAAAAUAUCUCAGCUGCCUGAAGAGAUAUCAACAAGUUAUCAACUAACAAAUUGUUAAACAAAUCAUUUUGCACAUUUAAUUAGUUGACCACUUUUUGAUAUCUUCACAAGCAGCUGAGAUACACUGUUUUGAAAAGACGAGUAUAUUCUGAAAAAACCGCAAAAGCUGAAAUGCUCCAUGAAUUCUUCGUGGUUGUUUUUCAGGCUCUGCACGUGAGAAUAGACCUCCGCGAGAAUAUUUCGUACAAACUGAUAAACCUCCUCAACUAUUGCGACCUUUCUCAAGCCGUCUGCCACUGUUUAACCGGAUUCUUCCUGAUCUUCCCAGUUUUCACGGAUCGAAUUGAUGUUUUUGUGAGGGUAAUCUGGAUUUUUGUAUUACCCCAAUAGCAAAUUUACGUUUUCAGAUAGUCGGAUGUACUGCCAACAGCCUCUGGCUCGCCUCUUUCGUAAUAAUGGCUAUUCUAGCGUCCACGCGAAUCGGUAUCGCCUUCUUCAAAACGAAGCCAACAAAAUGGUCGCCGUGGAUGAUUAUUUCGCUGGUUUUCGGCGGCUCUUACAUAUUUUUCGUGUGGGCGGUCGGGUGUGUGACGCAGAAUUUCCAAUUGGUCGGCCCCAGUUGGUCGUACGACAUGGCCGUUCCAUUUGCCGAAGUUUUUGCACAACUCGAACUCGUCCUCUGCUUCCCGACCAUGAUUCUCAGCUUCUCCUCCUACGUGCUCAUCAUCUACAGUAUUUGGCUGGCACGUGAUAUAACCCGAAAAACGGCGUUUGAUUAUCAGCAAUGCUUUCCAGAAAAAACGCGAUGCCCACAGUGCCUCCUCGAUUCGAAUGGAGAUGGGAAUUCUGAUUCAGGCGACGGUUCUCACGGCAUACAUGGCCAUUCUGAUCACAUUGUGGCACAACGCGGGUGGGUGUGAGACUAUGUGCCUCUGAUUUCGCCCUCUUUCCAGAUGUUUGGUUCAAAAUGACAAAUGUGACGUUGGCCACUCUGAACGGCGUCUGGAUCCUGUUCUCCCAUCUCAAUGCUUUGCUGCUCGUCACCGUGAACAGCGGCGUCCGACGUCAGAUUCUGAAGCUCAUUUGCAGGAACCAUCUGUCCAGGCACACCUCCCGACUCUCUCCUUUAUCGCGUGUUAGCUCAAACUUGCAACUGGCAAAAUAA